AUCCAACCUGGGAUGGAGUAAAGCCUGUCGUAGCCGCCAUUACAAAACGCGAAGGAGCCACAGAAGCUGCAGAACAUUUUCUACAUUAAAAAAAAAAAAUCUAAAAUAUAUAUUUAUUUUUACUUGCUACUAGGGAAGUUAUUUUAAUUUUUGAAUCUACCUCGCCUGUGUCACCAUCUGAAAUGGAUGCAGACACAGAACAAAAUGUGAGCGGAACUUCCAUGAUUUCCAAGGAUGAAUCUCAAAAAACCUUAGUGGACAACAAAUUUAGGGGUCGUGGGUUUAAAAGCCGCGGUCGAGGGGGACUGAUGAGUCGAGGCAGCAUGCGUGGUGGGCGGGGCAUGGUAAAAGGGUUUGCUCCAACUGGAUACGGGAGAGGUGGAGGGAGAGAAGGAGCCAUGAACGGAUUUUCACCCAUGAGAGGAAUGAGGAGGAUGCGACCUUACCCAGACCUGAGAGGUCAUCGAGGAAGGGGUGGACCAAUGGGCAUGGGCCCUCCUCCUCCCCCACCUCCCAUGCACCUCAGAGGCCCUUUUCCACCCAUGCGCAGGCACGGACCCCCUCCACCUCCUCCUCUGGGUCACCCUGCUUUCAGAGGGCCUCCACCACACCCUCGAGGUCGCGGGCAUGCUUCCUCCUGGACCUCCACGCCACUUUCAUCCCCGAGGCCCAAGAGGCUACCACAAUGGACCAGUCUCUCCUCCGCCUCACCGCCCACCUGGCAGAGGCCAGAGGUGGCCAGGGCCCCCUGGUGGCCGACGCUUUUAACACAGCCUGCCCUAAAAACGAUAACCAAACACUUUUUAAUGCAGAAGGGGCCUAAAGUGGUGCAGUAAACGCCCCAUAGUCAUGUGUUACACCACGUUUCUGAGUAUUUUCAUGACAUACUCUGUGGCCAAAUGUCUGCAUAAUGGUAUUGUCUACUGGCAAAGAAUUAAUGUGAAAAUAACUAAUCACAACAUAAAAUGCCUCACAACUUUACAAUGUAAAGGCAUUGUAUUAUCUAUGUUACAGAAAUACUGUUAGUACUGUAGGAAGUAUUUGACAUUGUCAAGAAAAAGCUUAACAGUUUUGAAACCCCUGUUCUCAAAGGGAAGAAAUUUGUUAAAGUUCGUUAAAUGUUCUGUGGUUCUUGCCUUAAGAAGCUUUCCUGAUCCGUAAUAAAAUAUGGGCUGCAAUGUAUAUUUGAAAAUUGGGAAAGUUGGGUGAAAAAUGAAUGAAAGAGUGCACAGCAGCCCUCAAGCACCACUGUAAACUAGCUUAGUACAACUUUACCUCUUAAACCUCACCUUUUGUUACAUGGAAAUAGUUAAGUAUUAUAACCUCACUAAGCAGUGGUGUGACUUUUGUUAAACACUUCCACAUUUUCCAACUGAAAAGACACUUGUCAAGUAUUCAUGAGUAUUUAAUUGUAUAUCAUGAACGUGCAGCUAUUUUGAGUUACCAGUAUUGCUGUUUAAAGAUUCAUGUUUGUCUACAGCAAACUAUCUUGUAAUGACAAAGUGGAAAAGACAUUAAAUAUUAUAUUGAAAAUAGAUUUCUAGUAGAUUUUAUAAAGAAAAUUAUUAUUUGCUUCAUUUAAGGACAAGUUACUCUUGACUGUGUUUUUUGAAGUGUUUAUAAAUACUCUUAACUGUAAUUUACCUAACUCUUGUGAACCUGUGAAUGUGUUUUAAUGAAAACCGUCAAGACAUAUGAGGUAGUCGUGGAAAAUAAAAAUAAAAAUACACCCAACUUCUCUAUUUUUGUUUUUAAUUGAUCUGUAUUAUAUGGAAAAUAAUGAAUUGCAAUGUCAAAACUAGAACUGUACACUGUAACAGUAUUUCAGAUUUGCAAGUGAACACUUUAUCCAUUUUAAUAAAUGCACACUAUUAUAUACCUUUGGAGGACGAUUAAGAGCCUUUAACGUAACAUUCAGACAGCUGAAACACAUUGCAGAUAUUAACAGACUUGAGAUGUGUCUUUAAAUUGCGCUUUUAGUAACUUUAAAAAUGAACUUAUGUUACCUUAUGAAUUUCACUGGAGGACUCAGAAACGCUCCACUUAAAGCGCCACAGUUCAAAUUCAGUGGUAGCAUGUCUAAAAGGAGGACAUCUGCACAGGAUAAACACUCUGAUAUGGAUUUCGUAUUUCUGUGCUGCUAUGAUAAUAUCUUGGCAAUAAUUGUAAUUUGAUUUCAAAGGGAUUAGUAUAUUACAUUUAAUGUUAUUUCAAUGCAUUAUUUCUCCUAUACUCCUGUACAUUUUAAAUAUUUAGUUUAUAAAUAUAGAAGUUAUAGAUGUUUAUAUUUAGGUUAUAGCAAAAAGCAGUUCCAGAUGAUCAAUUUAAUGAUUACUACUCAGUGAUAAAUAGACAUUUACAAAUAUUCAGCUACAUUUUUUUGUGAAUGUGUGUAGCUCCAUAGUGUGCUGCUUUUUCUGGUCUAUUGAAUUUAUAAAGAUAACACAAACCCCAGCUGUAAAGCAAAGGCCCCAUCUUUUGAAGACACAUUUAUUAUUAAUACAUUUACUGCCAGCGCAACAAAGGACUUUCCAUGAUUUCUAAAUGAAAGCGGGUUUUAUUUUCGAAGGCACUCGGAAUACGUCAAGUGGUAUUUGUCUCUUUCAUAAACUAGUCACAACAUGUGUUGCCCUCCUCCUGCUCUCUCUCUUUCUUGUCUUCAGCACUUUGAGUACAUGUUGCUGCCUCUCCAGUCUCUGCAGUCCCCUCUUGUUUCUCCCUUUGGUUAAUUAUAACAGCCUGACUGUUGUUGUCUCCUGAAGGGGGGCACACAGUACAGUUUACCUCCCGGGCCACAGGAUCCCAGGCCCUCCCUUACAUCCGUCCCCUGAGUCACCAGCGGCGUGACACUGAGUUCAGGAACUUCCCUUGGAAAGGUGAGUCUCCUUUUGUGUCUUUAUCUCUAAACCCCUUGCUCUGAUGCGUUGAGAUUCUGUCUUUCAGGAGGGAUGUUGAAACCGAUGUGCAGCAGUAACAAAUUGGGCGAGACCACGAUGAAUAGUCAUUAAAGGUUGUUGUAUUUAAUUUUUAUAAUGACUACAAUAAAUACAUUAUUGAUUUAACAACUAACAGGAAAGUGUAUCUGUACUGUCAAAUGUUAGCAAGAUCAGUGAGACUGUAAGCCCACCUUCAGGUAAUGUAUGGAGCAUACAAGUACUAAGCCUUCUAUCUCAGGAUAAGUGGGCCAUGUAGUAUUUAUUACUUUAAGCAGAGCAUACAUAUUACAUUCUCUCAUUUACUUUUGUUUGUUUUGCCCUGAAAUAUCUUUGUAUACCAAUAAUUCAAUAAAAGCAAAAAAUAAAUGUA